CCUCGCUACCACCAUCAUCUCUUCUUUGACGCUCUACUUGCACCGAACACACGGUGCGCACAUUUAUCACCGGUCUCCGCUUCACUCUAGGCUUGAAGAGUGUCGGCAUAACCCUCUUUGCAUUGGACGGAACAGCGACUCGGCACCAGCGGUCGAGCGCCUGCAAACGAAUCUUUGUUUUUUCAUCCGCCUCCGCCUCUUCAUCCACAUCCUUGCACGGGCAAAGUCGAAUCAUGCGCAGCUUUGCAGCGUCUGCAGCGGUGCUCGCCACUGUUGCUUUGUCAGUGCUCGCCCCGCGUGCUUCCGCACAACAAGUCACACAGCAGGAUGAUGACCCCGUCUCGAUUGUUGGAACUUGGAGCUCGGGUAGCGGAGGUGUGACGACGGGCUUGGGAUUCUUCAACCCCGGCAACAACUCCUUUACAUUGCCAAAGACCUCUGGUCAGAGCUACUCAUUCACCCAAGAUGGUUUUUGGGAGCAAGCUUUGUACCUCUUUUCACCGACUGCCACCGACCCAAAGUGCAAGCAAGCGCAGCUCAUUUGGCAGCACGGAACGUUCCGCCAAAACGGCAACGGCAGCCUGACGCUCACACCGUUCGAGGGCGAUGGCAGGCAGUUGAUCCAAUCCGGUUGCACCCACACGACCGAGAGCAUUGUGGCAUACGACCAGCCAGAGUACAUGCAGGGCUUCAACAUUCGACUGGACAUGCACUACGGGUCGGGAGCGUACUACUUGCAAAUGUUUGAAUUCGAUGGGACGCCCAAGCCUUGGCUCUGGCAGACUUACAAUCCGCCUCAAAUGUUGCCAACGCAACAACUUCACAAGAAGAUCAUUGGUAGUCUCAAUGGGUGAUUGCGGCCCACGAUCGCCACGCCGAUAAUUCACUGGACAAUCACCGUCGCACGCUGCACAUGCAUCUCUGACCGCCCAUCCCUUCUCAUCUUUUCCCCAUAUCCUCGCCGACUCGGCCAGUCCGAAAGGUGCUCUUACUCGCUAACUUCACGCGCUUCGUACGGAUCUUUUGCAUAAUUUCAUCAGACAUUUCGUGGAG